UGCGGUGCAGCGGCGUUCGCGUCUAAGUUCUUCCACUUUUACAUUCGGUUGCGCGCCGUUGUACGAGACGGUCGCACAAUUUUCGUGCCAUAAACAUCGUAACCUUUUUCUUUCUUUAUCACGUCUAAACGCAUCAGAAGCAACAACUCGAAUACGAACCCUUAAACUGCCCAAUUAAAUAAUCAAAAUAACCAAAUAGCUGCCAAACACACAAAGUAUAGAAAAAGGAGAACGAAAAGCCCCCCGCACACACACACACACACACACAUACACAAGGAUGGGAUCAACGGGAUCCCAAACGGGCGCCGCGACGUUGCGGCAGCGACACGCAAUGUCGCUGCUCUGGCGCCUCUUCGCCGUUGUCCUCGUUCUGAACGCCUGCCAUGUGCCGAUGCUGAAUGCCAAGCAAAUCUCAAGUCUCGAUGACAAUGACAACAUGUUCUUCGAUCUGGAGGAUCAGACUCCGUUCACGGGGUCCGACAAUCUGCAGCCGUAUACGCCCCUCAGCGACGAGCCCGCCGUGGAGGGCAAUUGGUUCCAUCAGGGCGUGAGGCGUGUGCGUCGCGAGCUGAAUCGGCUCUUUGGCGGCAACGAUGUCCAUCACAGGCAGAAGCGCGCCAAGAAGCCGGCCCUCAAGAAGCGUGCGGCCCUCACAAAACGACAGCAACGUCCGGUCAGUCACCGGAAACGGGCCUCCGACGAUUACGAGAACGAGGUGGGCUCCGGCAACGAUGGCCUGGAAACCGUACUAUACCGCACACGAUUCACCGUCAAUGAGCCGUACGAGAACGACUUUAAUGACAAGCGGAGCGAACAGUUUCUCAAUCUGACCGAGGAGAUUGGCCGGGGUUUGCGCGAUCUCUUCCGGCGCACCUACGAGGGCGAUGACGACGAUGUCGAUUUGCGCUCCACUCUGCUGCAAGUCGGCCCGACAAACGAUCAGUACAAGAGCUAUGUGAUUGUCAAUCUGGAUAUACCCACCGAUGUGCUAGACUUCGAGAGCAAGCUGCGCCAUCAGCUGCAGACAUACAAUCGGAUUGGCAAUCAGAGCGCCUCGCUGGACGAUGAUUUCUAUUUCCGUCUGAUAUUGGAUGACCAGUGCAGCAGCCCGAGGGACUUUGACAUCGACGAAUUCAUCUGCGAGAGCGGCGAAAUUGAGAGCGUGCCCUGCACAAACACAUGCAAUCGUCAGCCCGAUUGCGAAGAUGGCUCCGAUGAGAAUGCGGAGAUGUGUCGGCGUCGUUUGCUGCGCUAUCCGAAUCCCUAUGCCAGGCCCAGUGUGCCGCUGGCCCCGGUCUAUUCCGAGGAGGAUGAGGAUGCGGACGUUGAUGUGGAUGUCGAUGAGGAUGUUGAUCUGUGCAAUUCUGUUGAUGAGCCGUUCACAUGCAACAGCGGCCGUCCCUAUCAGAUCUAUUGCAAAGAUAUUUGUAAUGGCAUUAACAAUUGCGAAGAUGGCUCCGAUGAGCGUCCGGAACUGUGCGAUCAGCGCAAUCGAAAGAAUUCGAUAACAAAUUCCACCGAUUGCGAAUCGGAAAACGAUGAUUUUCAGUGCGAGAGCGGCGACAAGCUGAGCACACCCUGCUACAAUAUAUGCAAUGGCCGUGCCGACUGCGACGAUGCCUCCGAUGAGAAUCCCGAGCUGUGCGUCCGCCGCAGCGGCCAGCCUCUGCCUGUGCCUGUGCCCGUGCCCGUGCCCGUGCCGCAGGAGCCGACAUCCACGCCUGUUGAUAGCUCUAGCGUGCCGCAUUUUGAUCAAUGCGAUGGCAACAAUGAUUAUUUCCAGUGCAAUAGCGGCUAUAUAGCGAAUAUACCCUGCUAUGAUAUUUGCAAUGGGCGGGAGGAUUGCGACGAUGGUUCCGAUGAGAACCCGGCUUUCUGCAGUGCACGCCAAGAGGUCAAGCACACCGAGAUCUAUUGCAUUGGCGAGGGCGAGAAUCAAGUGUGCCAGCUCACGCCCAUCGAUAAGGAUCCUAACGCCCCUGAAACGACCGAACCGACUGACGAGGAAGAUGGCUCCGGAGAACCGGAAUGCCGAGGUGAUUCGACAUUCUACUGCUACCGCAGCAACACUCGCGUCUGCGACGAGAUGAGAUGCGAUGGCAAAAAUAAUUGUCCCCAAGGCGAAGAUGAAGAGGAUUGUACCGGGAACGUCGAGGUUUGCAAAGAUGAUGAAUUCAAGUGCGACGAUCGCUGCCUGCCGCUCUUUAUGCGCUGCGAUGGCCUGAUACAUUGUAACGAUGAGACAGACGAGGCUGGUUGCCCCAAUAAAGAGGAAAAUGAGCCCGAACCCGAACCUGAACCCGAACAACGACCCGACCAGGAGCAAGAUCAAGAUCAAGAUCGUGAACAAGAUCAAGAUCGUGAACAAGAUCAAGAUCGCGAACAAGAUCGCGAACAAGAUCGUGAUCAAGAUCAAGAUCGCGGCCAAGAUCGUCAGCCCGCACCCGAACCCGAACCCGAGCCCCAGCCACAGGAUUGCAGUGCCAGCGAAUAUAGAUGCCGCAAUGGACAGUGCAUUGAGGCCAGCAAGCUUUGCGACUAUGUCAAGGAUUGUCCCGAUGGCGAGGAUGAGGGCGAAGAAUGCCCCGCCGCCUGCAGCGGCAUGGAGUAUCAAUGUCGCGAUGGCACCCGCUGCAUCAGCGUCAGCCAGCAAUGCGAUGGCCACGCCGAUUGCAACGAUGCCGACGACGAGGAGCACUGCGAAGGAAUUGUGCCAAAGCUGCGCUACACGUGCCCCAAGGGCAAAUUCACCUGUCGCGAUCUCAGCUGCAUUUCGAUUGUGCAUCGCUGCGAUGGACGCGCCGAUUGUCCGCACGAUCGCUCCGACGAGGAGGGUUGCCCCUGUCUAUACGACAAAUGGCAAUGCGACGAUGGCACUUGCAUUGCCAAGGAGAUGCUCUGCAAUGGCAACAUCGAUUGCCCCGAGGAUAUAUCCGAUGAACGCUACUGUGAGGGUGGCUACGAUGCCGAUGAUCAGUGUCAUUUUACUGAGUUCCGCUGCGGGAACGGUGAGUGCAUACCGGUGCGUCAGGUGUGCGAUAAUAUCUACGAUUGUAACGAUUACUCAGACGAGCAAGACUGCGGUAAGUACCAUCGCCGUCCGCGACCACCGCCGAAAAUUGGUCGCGAUAACGAUAACGAUAACAAAAUGCAUAUCGGCAUGCACGAGCUCGAUGCGAAAGAGUUCUCACUGUACCUUCCCCAUGACUUAUACGAAAAGUCAAGUCCCCAAAAUCCGUGCGCCACCAAUCAAUUCGAAUGCGGGAACAAAGUCUGCAUACCGCUUCAUCUGCGCUGCGAUGGCAGCUACCACUGCAACGACAAAAGCGACGAGGAUAAUUGCGAUCGCUAUAAGCGUCCAGCAACCACCAGGCGACCCGUGACGGCCGCACCGACGCCCUAUUACUGGGCAAAGGUGCCGCCGGCCUCACUGGAGCGCCAGACAACAGAGACGACACAAUCACCAUACACAGUAACAGCAGGCACGCGUCCAACCACUAACCCAAUACCAAUAACAACGAGAGGAGUAUCAUCAUCAUUGCCCAGCAAUUGCCUCGAAAACAUUGAAUUCGCGUGCCACAAUCGCGAUUGCAUUCCGAUUGAGAGCGUCUGCGAUGACAUUCCCGACUGCCAAGAGCAUGAGGACGAGGAUUAUGCACUAUGCAAUUGCAGCAGUGACAAGUAUAAAUGUGUGCGCGGCGGCGGUUGCAUACCCAAAACCCAAGUCUGCGAUGGCAAAUCUCAGUGCCGCGAUGGCAGCGAUGAGAGCGCAUGUCACUUUCAUGCCAAAUUCAAUCUGAGCCGCCCGAUCAUCGAAUGCCAGAGCUUCCAAUACCAAUGCGGGGACGGUAGCUGCAUUUCCGGCUAUAAGCGCUGCAAUGGCAUCACCGACUGCGCCGAUGGCGCCGAUGAGUACAACUGUCUGAUCAACUACGAGACGAACUACGACAGUGACUCAGACACAGACCCCGACAAUGAUCCAUUGAACGAGUGCGAUCUGUAUUAUUUUGAGUGUGACUUUGGCCAGUGCAUACCCUUAGAGAAGAAGUGCGAUGGCUAUGCGGACUGUCAAGAUGAAACCGAUGAGCUCGAUUGUCCGGCCUUUACAGAACAUUGUCUAGAGCACGAGUUCGAGUGCGAUGAUUAUUGCAUACCACGCGAUCAGCUGUGCAACGGUAUUGCCAACUGCAACGAUGGCAACGAUGAGCGCAACUGUACUUCUUGUCGCAAUGAUGCCUAUCUCUGCAACACUGGCGAUUGCAUUGCCAGCCAGCUGCAUUGCAAUGGCAUCGCUGACUGCACCGAUGCUAGCGAUGAGCGCAACUGUGGCAGCGGCUGUACGCUCUAUCAGAUUGCCUGCAACGGCGCCUGCCUCGAUUGGUCGCUGCGAUGCGAUGGUAAAUUCGAUUGCGACAAUGGCAUCGAUGAGCGCGAUUGUCCGGACACACACACAGCUGGCAACAACAAUUUUAGAAACACAACCAGAACUAAAACCUGCCAACCGUAUCAAUGGCAAUGCGCGAACUCUGAAUGCAUUAACGCCGAUUUUUUGUGUGACAAACAAGCCGAUUGCACGGACGAAUCGGAUGAAUUGGCGGUUAAUUGCUUGGGACAGGCCACCAAUCGGCUAACCGCCGAUGACUGCCGCCGGGAUCAAUUCUUUUGCGAUGAGUCGUGCUUCGAUCGUUCGAUAUACUGCAACGGACAUAUCGAUUGCACAGACCGCAGCGAUGAGCGCGACUGCCAUUUGCAUACCACACGUCAUCCAUUGUACCAACCGCUGCCCUGUCCACAGCACACUUGCCCCAGUGGCAGGUGCUACACGGAGAGCGAACGCUGCGAUGGCCGUCGUCAUUGCGAAGACAGCUCCGAUGAGGCAAAUUGCUGCGCUGCGGAUCAGUUCCGUUGCCGCAAUGGCGACUGCGUGUCCCAGACGGAUGUUUGCAAUGGCUUUACCCAGUGCAUGGAUGGCUCCGACGAGGAGAACUGCGAUAUAAUGCAAUGCCAGCCGAACCAGUUCCGCUGCCGGAACGGCCAGUGCGUCAAUCAGGCGUUGCGCUGCAAUGGCAAGACCGACUGUCAGGACAGCUCCGAUGAGCACAAUUGUGCUGGCAGCAGAUCCGCAACAGGCAGCACAACACCAGCCACAGCCACAACCACAACUGUGGUGGCCAUCACAACGAUGUCGAUGGGUGGAAAGCGCAACAGUUGCCCACCGAGCAUGUUUCGGUGUGAGCACGGUCCUUGCCUGGCGCACGGAUUGCGCUGUAAUGGUGUUAUCGAUUGUCCGUUCGAUGCCAGCGAUGAGCUGGACUGUGAGCCCAUCACUAAUGAGAUCGAUAUUUCCGACCCGUCGCCAGCCGGACGCAAUCAGCUGAACCUGAAGACCUAUCCCGAUAGCCAGAUCAUCAAAGAAAGACGCGAGGUAAUCUUCCGUUGCCGUGACGAGGGUCCAGCCCGCGCCAAGGUUAGGUGGUCACGUCCCGGCGGUCGUCCCCUGCCCGUGGGCUUCACCGACAAGGGCGGACGUUUGGAAAUACCCAACAUACGCUUGGAGGACUCUGGCACCUAUGUAUGCGAAGCGGUUGGCUAUCCGAGCUACGUCCAGGGUCAACAAGUCACCGUCCAUCUGACUGUCGAACGCUUUAACACUGUCGAACACGAUCGCCCGCAAACAGCCUGCAGCGAGUACCAGGCGACCUGCAUGAACGGUGAGUGCAUUGAGAAGUCGGAUAUAUGCGAUGGUGUGCCCAACUGCUCGGAUGGCUCGGAUGAGCACAGCUGCAGCCAGGGACGCAGAUGCCAGCCGAACCAGUUCCUGUGCAGCAACUCAAAGUGCGUGGAGCGCACCUGGCGCUGCGACGGCGAAGACGAUUGCGGUGACAAUUCCGAUGAGCAGUCCUGCGAUCCCGAGCCCAGCGGUGCGCCCUGUCGCUACAAUGAAUUCCAAUGCUCUAGCGGCCAUUGCAUACCCAAGAGCUUCCAGUGCGACGAUGUCAACGACUGCCGCGACGGCAGCGACGAGUUCGGUUGCAUGGCGCCCGUGCCAAUUCGCCCACCGCCACCCAUGCAAUCCCUGCUGGAGGGUCAGGCCCUCAAUCUGACGUGUACGGCAACGGGUGUGCCCACGCCGACAAUUGUUUGGCGUCUCAACUGGGGCCAUGUGCCCGACAAGUGUGUGUCCACUAGCGCCGGCGGCCGCGGCGAUCUCUAUUGCCCCAAUAUGCAGUACAAGGAAAGCGGCGCCUACUCCUGCGAGAUCAUAAAUACGCGCGGCACCCACUUUGUGGUGCCCGAUACCAUUGUGAAGGUGACACCCGAUCGCAAUCAGUUCUGUGCCGCUGGCUUCUUCAAUAUGCUGGCCCGUUCCAGUGAGGAGUGCAUCAAGUGCUUCUGCUUUGGUGUCGCUAACUCUUGCGAGAGCGCCAAUCUUUUUAGCUAUGCCAUACAGCCGCCCAUAUUGUCGCAUCGCGUGGUCAGCGUCGAUCUGAGCCCCUAUCAGCAGAUUGUUAUUAACGAGGGCACCGGACACAGCCUGCUCACCAUGCACCAUGGCGUUCAGUUCCGUGCCUCCGAUGUUCAGUACAACAGUCGCGAGACACCCUAUUUGGCCCUGCCCAGCGACUAUAUGGGCAAUCAGCUGAAGUCCUACGGUGGCGAGCUCAAGUAUGAGAUUAGCUAUUUGGGCAAUGGGCGUCCACUUUCCGGACCGGAUGUCAUCAUGACGGGCAACGGCUUCAUAUUGACCAAUCGCGUGCGCACCCAGCCCAAUCAGUCGAACAAGGUGAGGAUCAGCUUCCUGCCCGGCACCUGGCAAAAGCCCGACGGACGCAAGGCCACACGCGAGGAGAUCAUGAUGAUAUUGGCAAAUGUGGACAAUAUACUGAUACGCUUGGGUUAUAUUGAUGCUGUGGCGCGUGAGGUGGAGCUGACCAACAUUGCCAUGGACUCAGCCGGCACCUCGGAUCAGGGUCUGGGCAGCGCCUCCCUUGUGGAGAAGUGCAGCUGCCCGCCGGGCUAUGUUGGCGAUUCGUGUGAGAGCUGCGCACCGGGUUAUGUACGCCAGCCGGGCGGUCCCUGGCUGGGUCGCUGUGUACCCUUCGUGCCAGAGCCCUGCCCGGCCGGCACCUAUGGUGAUCCUCGCCGUGGUGUGCCCUGCCGCGAUUGCCCCUGCCCUCAGAGCGGCAGCAAUAACUUUGCCAGCGGCUGCCAGCUGAGUCCCGACGGCGAUGUCAUCUGCAAUUGUUAUGAAGGCUAUACUGGCAGACGCUGCGAAAGCUGCGCCGCCGGCUAUCAGGGUAAUCCGCUGGCACCGGGCGGUGCCUGCCACCGAACACCCGAGUCGACAUGCAACGUGGAGGGCACCUACAACCAAUACAGCAAUGGCAGCUGCCACUGCAAGGCCCUGGUCACCGGCGAUCGCUGCGACAGCUGUGCCCCGAAGAGCUUCCACCUGAACUCGUUCACCUAUACCGGCUGCAUUGAGUGCUUCUGCAGUGGCCUGCAGGCGGACUGUACCAGCACCUCUUGGAAUCGCGAACAGGUCAGCAGCAGCUUUGGACGUUCCCGUGCGCCGCACGGUUUCCAGCUGGUGCGCGAUUAUACACGCGUGACGCCACAGCCCGUGCCAUUCGAUACGCUUGCCUACGAGAUUAGCUUCAGAUCCAGCUCGGAUUACAGUGCCGACACCCUCUACUGGAGCCUGCCCGUACCGUUCCUGGGCAACAAGCUGACCGCUUAUGGCGGACGCCUCAACUAUACGCUUAGCUACAGUCCAUUGCCUGGUGGUCAGAUGUCGCGCAACAGUGCACCCGAUGUGGUCAUAAAGAGCGGCGAGGAUCUAACCCUUAUCCAUUAUCGCAAAUCGGCCGUCAGCCCCAGCACGUCCAGCUCGUAUGCGGUGCCCAUCAUUGAGAGCGCCUGGCAGCGCAUCGAUGGCCAAGUGGCUAAUCGCGAACAUCUGCUGAUGGCGCUCAGCAAGAUCGAUGCCAUCUACAUCAAGGCGACGUACACGACCAGCACCAUGGAGGGCUCCCUCAAGCAGGUCGUCAUGGACAUUGCCACUGCCAACAAUUUGGGCACUCAGCGCGCCUACGAGGUUGAGGAAUGCCGUUGCCCACAGGGCUACGUUGGACUCUCCUGCGAACGCUGUGCGCCCGGCUACAAACGCAAUCCCGAGGAGGGUCUCUAUCUGGGCCUGUGCGAGCCUUGCGAAUGCAAUGGCCACUCCACCCAAUGCGAUGCCGAGACUGGCGAGUGCCUGAACUGUGCCGACAAUACCGAGGGCGAGAACUGCGAGCGCUGUGUCGGCGGUUAUAUUGGCGAUGCCAGCCGUGGCACACCCUACGACUGCCAGCCGGACAACAAUGGACCGCAGCCGCCGCAGCCGGAACCGGAUAAUCAGCGUGGUUGCCAUUGGUGCAACAGUGACGGCACCGAGGACUGCCGCGGUGGCGUCUGCUACUGCAGGCGGAAUGUGGUGGGUAGUCGCUGCGAUCAGUGCCGCGAGGGCACCUUCGGUCUGUCGCCGCUACAUCCGGAUGGCUGCAAGGAAUGCUAUUGCUCGGGCCAGGCUACCCAAUGCCGGUCCGCCUCCGUCUAUCGCCAGCUGAUCGCCGUUGACUUUAUUAGCAACAAGGCGCUCAUCACCGACGAAUACGGCCAACAGAUGGAAAUGGAUGACACGAAUCUGAGCAAGGAUAUACCCAACAAUAAGUACACCUACACAUACCAAUCGUAUUCGCCCAAAUACUGGAGUCUGCGCGGCAAUGUCCAGGGCAAUCAGCUGCAGGCCUAUGGCGGCUUGUUGAACUACACUCUGGUCACGGAAUCGUUUGGCAACUAUGAGCCCGGCAACGAUGUGGUGCUUAUUGGCAAUGGCAUACGCCUGGUCUGGUCCAGACCGGCCGCUGAGUCCCAUCUCGAUGAGUACAGUGUCCGCCUCAGCGAGGAGGAGCAAUGGCAGCGUUUGGAUAGCGGCAGCGCCGUACCGGCGACACGUAGCGACAUCAUGAGCGUGCUGACCAACCUGGAGCAUCUGCUGAUACGUGCCACACCCAAAAUACCUACCACACGGACCUCCAUUAGCGACGUGACAUGGGAAUUAUCUGUGGAGCUGGCGCAGCCGGGCGCCGAGCAAGCCAUCGACAUUGAGCUCUGCCAGUGCCCAGCUGCCUAUACGGGCAACUCGUGCGAGAAUUGUGCACCGUUGCACUACCGUGAAGAGAGUGGACAGUGCCGUGCCUGUCCCUGCCAGGAGGAUAAUACGGAGAGCUGUUAUCUCGGCAGCAGCGGCUAUGUCGAAUGCCAGUGCAAGGCACGUUUCACAGGCGAUCGUUGCCAGGAUUUCGACACAUCUCGCAUUAUUGAAGAACCGCCCAAGAUAUGCGAUAUAAGCAGGGGAUUCUGUUGCAACGGCUUUCGGUUCGAUAUUGAGCCCAACGAGACAAUAUCGUAUAAUGACACUCUACAGAUAAUUAAGGGCAACAGAGUUAUAGGAAAUAUAACCAAACUGCGCCACGGCUGCCAUCAGCGAGACUAUGGAACACCGGAGCCAGCGCCAACCGAUCAGCCCGAUAAUAUACGCACCCAGAUCAUAGUGUCGAUAUCGAAGCCACAGAUCACCAUAAUGCCCGUGGGUGGAUCCAUGUCCCUGCACUGCAACGGUCGCAUGAAGUGGAAUAAUGAUCCGGUCUUUGUCAGCUGGUACAAGCAGAACAGCCGACUGCCGAACACAGCGGAGAUCGAGGGCGGCGUCCUCCAUUUGUAUAAUCUGCAAAUCGCCGACUCUGGCGUCUACAUCUGUCAGGCGGUCAACAAUCAGACCUCGCGCGUCUUCGAGGACAAGGUUUCCAUCACCAUAUCAAAUCAAUCGCAACGCUCGCCCGCCCAGAUCGUCAGUCUGCCCAGCACGGUGACUUUCGAGGAGUAUCAAACGAACGAGAUUAGCUGCGAAGUCGAAGGCAAUCCCGCACCGACUGUCACCUGGACGCGCAUCGAUGGCCAGGCGGAUGGUCAUAUGCGCACCGAUGGCAAUCGCCUGAUAUUCGAAUCGCCGCGCAAAUCCGACGAGGGACGCUACCGCUGCCAGGCGCAAAACCAAUACGAUUCCGAUGAGAAAUACGUACAGGUCUAUGUGCGCGGCAAUGCACCACAGCCGCCGCCGCCGGUACGCGAACGCGUCUACAUCCAGCCGGAGGAGUACAACGGCGAGGCCGGCGACACUGUUCGCUUCACCUGCCAAUCGACCAGCGGCGCCCAGCUGCACUACGAGUGGCUGCACGACGGCUAUCCACUGAACGGCCAGCGCAAUAUCCUGAUCAGCGGCGACAUGCUCGAGAUUCGCGAUGCCACCGGACGCGACUCCGGUGUUUACACUUGCGUCGGCAUCGAUUUGCGUACACGUCGCAAUUAUACGGAGGACGCACGCGUCUAUAUUGAACAGCGUCAGCUGCCGCCCUCUGGCGACGGCAUUUCGCCCCGUAUUGUGCGACUUAACGAUCAGACCUCCAUUGAUCAGGGCACCGACUUUAGCAUUACCUGCGAGUCCAGCGGCUCACCGUAUCCCAACAUCAAGUGGAUUAAGGUCGGCGAACCGAUGGCCGCCAAUGUCCAUCAAACCGGCAAUGUGCUGCGCAUUAUCAAUGCCAUACCCGAUAAUCGCGGCGUCUACGUUUGCACCGCCGAAAAUCCACACGGAUCAGAUCAGUCCAGCACUAGUAUCGACGUUGAACCUCGGGAGCGUCCGAGCGUUGAUAUAAUUCCGGCGGCGCCACAGACGUUCACCGUCAGCGCCCAGGGCAUGCUUUACUGUUCCGUCAAUGGCAUACCCGAGCCGACGGUGCAGUGGCGCCGCAUCGAUGACACGCCCCUCUCGCCCCGACACAGGCUGGUCAGCCCCGGCUACAUUCUCAUUGACGACAUACAGAUCGCCGAUGGCGGUGAAUAUGAGUGCGUGGCUGAGAAUUCCGUUGGACGCACCACCGGCAUUGCCGUGCUGCGUGUGGUGGAGCCACCGAUUAUACAAAUCGAACCGGACAAGUCGCUGGUGCGCUACACUGAGGGCGAUGAGGUGCGCAUAACGUGCAUUGCCAGCGGCUCGCCCAAUCCCACGGUGCACUGGGACAACCAGCCCGUCUCGCUGGAUGGCCGGCAACAGGGCGAGAAUACGGCCUAUUUGAAUAUCUAUCGCGUAACCCAGGCCGAUGCCAAGGUCUAUACGUGCAGGGCCAACAAUGAGGCGGGCACCGAUGAGCGCACCAUACGCAUCGAUGUGCAGCCCAAGCGCGGCGAUAUUGGUGACUCUGACGGCGAUGUGGAACACGAUCCCUAUCAGCAGCCAUAUUACCCACAGCCGCCCACAUUGCGUCCGUACCCGAUCCCGGAUAACAACCAGAGAUUCUCAACGAAUCUGGGCGACAAUGUGACCCUCACCUGUGACCUGGCACCGUUUUUGAGCACCCAGUGGGCACGUGUCGAUGGACAGCCGCUGCUGGCGAACGCCCACUCCGAACGCAAUCGUCUGACGAUCACAUUUGUCGAGGAACAGAAUCUGGGACAAUAUCGCUGCAAUGCCAUCGAUCAGCGCGGCACGGUCGUGACCUAUGUGGUUAGGGAACUGGUCCUGCUACCGCUGCCACAGAUCACGUUCCGUCCCAAUAUACCGCUCGAAGUGGAGGCCGAUCGCAACGUGGAGAUCGUCUGCCUGGUGACGGGUGCCCGGCCCGAGAACGUGCACUGGGCCACCGACAACAACCGACCACUGCCCAGCUCGGUGCACAUUGACGGAGCCACACUGCGCUUCAUAGCCAUAACGCCAGCCGAUGCUGGCGGCUACAGCUGCACGGCCUCGAAUGAGUAUGGCAACGUUAGCAAGACCGCCCAGGUGGUGGUCAGGCCGCCGACCUUCUACACACAGCAGCCCCAGUCGCUGCAGCAGGAGAGCCGCGAGGGCGAGAGCAUUCACCUGCGCUGCAGCGUGACUACGCAGCGCGGCGAGCAGCGCAGCAAUACUCAGUUCCACUGGUACCGCGAGGAUGGACGCCCGCUGCCGAACAAUGCGCGUCCCGAAAGCCAGGUGCUCAUCCUGACCUCGCUGCGUGCCGAGGAUGCCGGUCGUUACAUCUGCGAUUCGUAUGACAUCAAUACCCGACAGCGUGUGCCCUCCACCUACAUCGAUUUGCGUGUACAGCCAAAUAAGUACAAUUUGAGCUUGUAUAAGGGCGGCCAAGAUUUCCCCUGCAUGGUCUUAUAUAUAUGUGCAGAUUUUAAAUUGAACAAAAUGUCGCCGGCCAAACCACUGACACCACCGCCCGCCCGUCCCCCGAUCAUCUCCUACGCCUGCCAGCCGACCGACUUCAAGUGCAUCUCGCAUCCGCACACGUGCGUCAAGUCCAGCAUGGUCUGUGAUGGCAUCUACGAUUGCACAGAUCAUUCCGAUGAGUUUAACUGUACGGCCAGCCGAGGUGCGGCCACGGGAGUGACAGUCGGAGUGGGAGGGGGUCUGGGCGUGAGCACGGGCACAACAACUGGAACUGGGACUGGCACUGGAUUGGGCAGCUUUAAGCGCUGGAAGAAGAGCUACACCGGCAAGCAGAAACGCUCACAGCUCUGGAAACAGGAUCAGCGAAAGCAUCGUGAUUGGACGGCAAAGCAUCAAGUUGUGCGGCUGGCAAAAAGCUUCGCGGGCAUGCCCAACCCGGGCGCAUAUCUGCCGCCCUCGAGGGUCACGCCACCACCGGAGCCUCUGGUGCCACGCGACUACAGUCUCAAACUGGAUCAGCAGUCAUCGAAGUUGCGCGUCGGCGAAUCCACCGAAGUCGAAUGCUACUCCUCGGACAACAGCUAUACGGAUGUGAUCUGGGAACGUUCCGAUGGUGCUCCGCUCUCCGCCAAUGUACAGCAAGUGGGCAACCGUCUGGUCAUCGCGCAGGUGACCGCCGCGGAUGCUGGCAACUAUGUGUGCAAGUGCCGCACGGAUGAUGGUGAUCUGUAUACGACAAGCUAUGAGCUGGCCAUUGAGGAGCAGCCACAUGAGCUGCGCCGUCCGAAGAUCGUGCACGCCCAGGUGGGUGAUCGGGCCCAAUUGAACUGUGACGCCGAUGAGAGCCGUCAGCCCACCUAUCGCUGGACACGCCAAUACGGACAGCUGCAGCCGGGUCGCGAUAUACUCAGCGAUAAGUUGUUGCUGCAGGAUGUGCAGGCCAAUGAUGCCGGUAGCUACAUCUGCACCGCCGUCUAUAGCGAUGGCGAAUCCGUGGACUACCCAAGCAUAUUGGGCAUCACUGGCGUCAUACCGCAGUUCCAUCAGCAGCCGCUCAGCUACAUGAGCUUCCCCACGCUGCCCGACUCCUCAUUCAACUUCAACUUUGAGAUCACUUUCCGCCCGGAAUCGGCCAACGGUCUGCUGCUCUUCAAUGGACAAACGCGUGGAACUGGCGACUAUAUUGCACUCUCCCUCAAGGAUCGCAACGUGGAAUUCCGCUUUGACUUUGGCGGCAAGCCGAUGAUCGUUCGUGCAGAACAGCCGAUCGAGUUGAAUGAAUGGCAUACGGCUCGGGUACAUCGCUCCCGUCGCGAUGGCUACAUUCAGUUGGACGAACAGCAUCCGGUGGCAUUCCCCACGCUGACACAAAUACCACAGCUGGAGCUCAUUGAUGAUCUAUACAUUGGCGGCGUGCCCAGUUGGGAUCAGCUGCCGGACGAGGCGGUGGCUCAGCAAACGGGCUUUGUGGGCUGCAUCAGUCGACUCGCGCUCCAGGGCCGCACCAUUGAACUGAUGAAGGAUGCCAAAUUCAAGGAGGGCAUCACCAGCUGCAAGCCUUGCGCCACGUCACCCUGCGCCAACGGCGGCAUCUGCCUGGAGAGCCAAACGGAACUGGCCUACAGCUGCGUCUGCCAGCAUGGCUGGACCGGACGCAACUGCGCCGUCGAGGGCACCCAGUGCACGCCCGGCCUGUGCGGCGCCGGACGCUGUGAGAACACCGAACUGGACAUGGAAUGCCUCUGCCCGCUGAAUCGCACCGGCGAUCGUUGCCAGUACAUGGAGCACCUGAACGAGCACAGUCUCAACUUCAAGCGCAACAGCUAUGCGGCCUACGGCACACCUCGUGUAUCGCGCAUCAAUGUGACCCUGUCGCUGCGUCCAUCCAGCCUGCGGGAUGCGGUGCUGCUGUAUGCGGCCGAGUCGAAGCUGCCCAGCGGCGACUAUGUGGCGCUGGUGUUGCGCGACGGUCACGUGGAGCUGAUCAUCAAUACGGCGGCGCGACUGAAGCCUGUGGUGGUGCGCUCACAGAAACCGCUGCCGCUGCACAGAUGGACGCGCGUCGAGCUGCUGCGUCGCCAGGGCGAGAGCAUACUCCGUGUGGGCGAUGAGCCCGAGCAGCGCGCCAAGGCGGCGGGCGCACCGCGCACGCUCUCGCUGAAGACACCGUUGUAUGUGGGCGGCUAUGAUCGGGCGACGGUCAAGAUCAAUCGGGAUGUGAACAUUACGGACGGUUUCGAUGGCUGCAUUUCGCGGCUGUACGACUCGAUGCGUCCCGUACAGCUGCUGACGGGCAUCAAGGAUGCGGCCAAUGUUCAGAACUGCAACGAACUGAACGAGAUUGGCGGCGACAGCGACACCGACGGCGAGCAGCUGUCCAUGGGUGGGCCAGCCGGGUCAGUCGGCGGCUCCUCGCACGAGGAGGAGCAACAGCCCUAUGUGGCGGCGUCACCCUGCGCGAAUGAACCGUGCGAGAACGGCGGCACCUGCACCGAAAUGGAGCAGCAGGCGAUCUGUGCCUGUGCCGUUGGCUACAGUGGCAAGCACUGCGAGGAGCACAUUCAGGUGAGCUUCAAUGCCUCGUUCCGCGGCAACGGCUAUCUGGAGCUGGAUCGCAACCAGUUCAGCUCGCAGGUGGACCAGCAAUACACCUCGGCGGUGGUUGUCUUCUCCACCAGCAAACCCAAUGGCCUGCUGCUCUGGUGGGGCCAGAACGCUGGCGAGGAGUUUACCGGCCAGGACUUUAUAGCAUUGGCCGUUGUCGAUGGCUUUGUGGAAUAUGCGCUGCGUCUGGACGGCGAGGAGGUGGUCAUACGCAAUGUGGACACGCCCGUCGAUGAUGGACAGCGUCACAUUGUGCUGGUCAAGCGGGCGGACAACACGGCCAUACUGGAGGUCGAUCGCAUCUCUGACUCCGGCGAGACACGGCCCACCAGCAAGAAGGAGAUGCAUCUGCCCGGCAACGUCUACAUUGGUGGCAUACCGGACAUCUCGAGCUUCACGGGCAAACGCUACACGCACAACUUCAACGGUUGCAUUGUCUUUGUCGAGGGCGAAGCCGUCGGCCAGAUCAAUCUGGGCAAGGCCGCUGUCAACGGCGUCAACGUGGAUACCUGCCCCGUUAACGAUGAGGCCCUGGGCGGCACCGAACCACCCGUCGUUUAAGGCAACACACAGAAGAGAAGAAAGAAAACAAACUAAAAAAAAAAA